AUGGCCGACAGCGAAGAUCUCACCCAAGUCGCCGAUUCGGCAGAUGUUGACGCGGAAAUGGAGGGUGCGGAAGAGGCGCAAGAGAUGCCACAAGACGAUGAUGGAGCAGAACAAACAGAAGAUGCUACCCAGCCCAAUGGCGCGCCAAAGCCCAAUCCGCAGACUGUCUUUAUCGAGUAUCUAAGAUCUCCCAUCGUUAGACUCGUUGUUGGUAACGAUGGAGAGGAGAUCACCUUGACUGCUCACAAAGCCAUUCUUGAGCAGUCCGCCUUUCUCAACGACCGACUUUUGUCCCAGACAGACGACGAUGACCUUGUGGUGUAUCUUCCCGAUGAAACGUUGGAUGCAGUGGGUUGUUUCCUACAGUACCAAUACACCGGGGAAUACUUCCCUCGGCGGAUGGCGAAUAUUCCUGACAGCCUUGAGCCCGAUCCCUCGAUCCCUACAGUCGACGAUACUGGCGAUCAAUUGCUGAAGCAUGCCCGCGUCUAUACCCUCGCCGAAAAACUCGGCCUUCCAGAACUCAAGACCUUGGCCCACUCAAAAAUCCACCGCAUCAAUUCCACUGCCGUUGGAGAGAUCGCAUACGCACGCUUUGUUUAUGGAAAUACCCCGGCCAAUGACUACAUCAUCCGAAAACCCAUUGCGGCAUUCUGGGCUACACGUUCUCACGUAUUGCGACACGAAGCAGAGGCCGAAUUCAAGGCCAUGUGUCUCGAAUUCCCCCAAUUUGGUUUCGACGUACUCAGCUUAGUUCUCGACCAAAGGGAAAAGCGAGCAAGAGACCGUGAAGAAGAUGGCACACCAGGUGGUGGCAAGGGCAGAAAGCGCUUGCGACCAAGUGUCAAUAUUUGA